GGGUGUUUUUCGUUUGUAUAGUCAAACAAAUCCCGCGUUCCAAAAUGGGGGCGUCAAACCGUAGUACGCAAGUGGCUCUUUGCAUUUCCGCGAUUUCAUUUCUGCUUUUUAUUAUUGCGUUUUCAACCCCCUAUUGGUUGGUUACAGAUGGUCGUUUAGAAAAGCCACGCUUUACCAAUCUAGGGCUAUGGGAAGUGUGCUUCAACGAUUUUCAGGAUAUUCACCGUUUCUACGACAACCCUUUCAAUGGAUGCAUGUGGGUCUUUGAAGAGGAAUACUACAUCAUUCAUGAUUUUCUACUACCGGGAUUCUAUAUAGCGGUGCAGCUAUUUGCAACGCUGUGCUUCGUCAUGUGCCUUAUUGGCCUUCCCCUUACACUGGCCUUUUUACGGACUUCUCGCGACGAUGAUAGAUAUGUUGUGCUGCUACUGACCAUUGGAACUUGCCAAGUGUUGGGCUCAAUUUUCGGAUUUAUUGCCGUGGUCAUUUUCGGUGCCAAGGGAGACUCUCGUGACUGGAUGCCUGGAUGGCAGAACAAUGACAUGGGCUGGUCUUUCGCGUUGGGCGUGGUUGGCGCUGUGUUGUUGCUACCUGGAGGAAUACUUUACAUGAUUGAAGCUCGACGCGAGCGCUACAAGCGCCUCAACGAAAUAAGUAACCGAGAAUAUGGAGAUGACUACUAUCAGCACCAGGCAAACGUCGCGACGACCCCCACUGCUCCAUCACCGUCUCAAUCUUACUUUGCACCAGAGCCAAGCCGCCCACGUCGUCCUCAGCCUGGACGUACACCAAAUACCCAGCCACAGGGAGGAAUCCAAACAGAUAUAUAACCGUUAAAGAGGACUCAACUAAUCUAAACAUAUCAAUUCAUUUUUAGUACCGUGUCUAGAUUAAUAAUAUUAGCUCGAUUAACUCCAGCAAUUAUAUUGUCGCUAGAUGUAAUCAAACAUUAUUGAAACAUCCGUCCAUUAAUGCUUAUUUUUUCAAAUUUUACUACAAAUAUUUUAAGAACAGAACUUGAAAUAAAU